ACGUCACGCGACGGUCUUCCUGGGUCGGCGGAGGGCGUGGCGCUCUGCCUGUGACUCCUGUCUUGGUGGUGGGAGUCAUGGCCACUCGUCGAGCUCUGCACUUCGUAUUCAAAGUGGGGAACCGCUUCCAGACGGUGCAUUUCUUUCGAGAUGUCCUGGGGAUGCAGGUUCUACGCCACGAGGAAUUUGAAGAAGGCUGCAAAGCUGCAUGUAAUGGGCCUUAUGACGGGAAAUGGAGUAAAACAAUGGUGGGGUUCGGGCCUGAGGAUGAGCAUUUUGUUGCAGAACUGACAUACAAUUAUGGCAUUGGAGACUACAAGCUUGGCAAUGACUUCAUGGGAAUCACACUUGCUUCCAGCCAGGCUGUCAGCAACGCCAGGAAGCUGGAGUGGCCACUCAGCAAAGUUGCAGAAGGAGUUUUUGAAACUGAGGCCCCAGGAGGAUAUAAAUUCUAUUUACAAGAUCGAAGUCUACCCCAGUCAGAUCCUGUUUUAAAAGUAACUCUAGCAGUGACUGAUUUCCAGAAGUCCUUGAACUACUGGUCAAAUCUCCUGGGGAUGAAAAUUUAUGAGCAGGAUGAGGAGAAGCAGAGGGCUUUGCUGGGCUACGCUGAUAACCAGUGUAAGCUGGAGCUACAGGGCAUCAAGGGUGCAGUUGAUCAUGCAGCAGCCUUUGGAAGAAUUGCCUUUUCUUGUCCUCAGAAAGAGUUGCCAGACUUAGAAGAGUUGAUGAAAAGGGAGAACCAGCUGAUCCUGACUCCUCUUGUGAGUCUGGAUACCCCAGGGAAGGCGACAGUACAAGUAGUCAUCCUGGCCGACCCUGAUGGACAUGAAAUUUGCUUUGUUGGGGAUGAAGCUUUUCGAGAACUUUCUAAGAGGGAUCCAAAAGGAAGCAAGUUAUUGGAUGAUGCAAUGGCAGCAGACAAAAGUGAUGAAUGGUUUGCCACGAGAAAUAAACCGAAGGCUUCGGGUUAGUGAAGGCGUGGGAGAGCAGCACUUACACCUGCAGUCUAGCAUCUGAGGUGCAGCACGUCUGUUUACGAUAAAGACCCCGCCACUUAGUUGUGUCCAGCACAGACCAGGAGGCUCAUGUGGUAGUUCCACUCUUCAAAGCUCUGUUACGUUUUAGAAAUGAAAUAUUAUUUUUAUCACUCUUGGUAGAGGUGAACUGUGUGUGUAAUUGUAUUAAAUUUGGUAACAAAUUGUUGUCCAGACUGAGACAGCGCUACAUAGAACAUUACCCUUGGCUGGGGAUGUAAAAUUUCAUUAACUGUGAAUCAUGUUGUUAAUAUUGGAACAAAUGUUCAAAUUAAGCCAAACCAGCUAGGCAUGAUGGCACACGCCUUUAGUCCCAGCACUCGAGAGGCAGAGA